AAUCCCAAUCAAUCUCUCCUCCUUCAAUUCCCUUUGAAGGGGAGAGACCCAAAAAUAAAAUAAAAAAAUAAAACAAGAAGUUGAUCCUUUUCCUCUUGUUCUUAAUCAAUCUCGAGAUGUCGUCAGAGAUCGAGGUGGUGGAGAAGGGGAGAGGAGGGAGGAAGGGAGGGGAGGUGGAGACAGUGGUUCCGGAGAUUAUGAAGAAUGAUGUUUACGCGGCGGCCACAGUCGGGGAUCUUGAGAAGCUGCAGACUUUGGUUGAGGUCAAGGGAUUCCCUGUCGCCGAGCCCGAUGGUGGCGGGUAUUAUGCCCUCCAGUGGGCCGCACUAAACAAUCGCACCGCUGUUGCUCAAUACAUAAUUGAGCAUGGGGGUGAUGUGAAUGCAGCAGAUAACACGGGCCAAACAGCGCUCCAUUGGAGUGCUGUUCGUGGUAAUAUUGCAGUUGCUGAGCUCUUACUGAAGGAAGGGGCUCGUGUUGAUGCCGCGGACUUGAAUGGCUAUCAGACCUCUCAUGUUGCAGCUCAGUAUGGAGAAACAGCAUUCCUUUACCAUAUUGUUGCAAAAUGGAAUGCUGAUCCAGAUACCCCUGAUAAUGAUGGCAGAAGCCCUUUGCACUGGGCGGCCUAUAAAGGUUUUGCUGAUAGUAUACGUCUUCUUCUAUUUCUUGAUGCCUACAGGGGCCGACAAGAUAAAGAGGGUUGCACUCCUCUCCAUUGGGCUGCUAUAAGAGGGAAUCUAGAGGCAUGCACUGUUUUAGUUCAGGCAGGGAAGAAGGAGGAUUUAAUGGUGCCAGAUAACAGUGGUUUUACUCCGGCACAGCUAGCAUCUAAUAAGAAUCAUCAUCAAGUUGCUUUUUUCCUCGGCAAUGCUAGAAGGUUGUUUGACAGACGUUGUGAUGGAAAUAGCCCGCAUGGUAGACUAUCGAAAUUAGGACUUGCACCUGCAUUGUGGUGUGUAAUUAUUAUUAUGCUUGUUACUUAUAUACAUUCUGUGCUCACAGCAUCUUAUUUUCCGAAGUUGACAGCUGGGUUUGGACUUCUUGCUUGGUCUGGGGUUUUACUGGCAACUGUUGGACUCGUUAUGUUUUAUAGGUGCAGUAGGAAGGAUCCUGGUUUUAUCAAAAUGAAUGUACGUGAUUCGGAGAAUCUCAGGGAUGAUGAACCUUUAUUGAAGAUGGAACUGAAUAAUCCUGCUUUACUGGCUGGGAAUUGGUCCCAGCUAUGUGCUACAUGCAAGAUAGUCAGGCCUCUGCGUGCUAAGCAUUGCUCCACUUGUGACCGCUGUGUCGAGCAGUUUGAUCAUCAUUGCCCAUGGGUAUCAAAUUGUAUCGGAAAGCGGAAUAAAUGGGAUUUCUUCAUGUUCCUUGUUUUAGAGGUGUCUGCCAUGGUGAUAACAGCUGCCGUAACCAUGAUAAGAAUCAAGACAGAUCCAACUGCUCCACAAUUUUUUGGUGCCUGGAUGAACCAUGCUGCUACUCAUCACCCGGGAGCCAUAUUCUUUCUGAUAAUGGAUUUUCUUCUUUUCUUUGGAGUUGCAUUACUGACUGUAAUACAAGCAUCACAGAUCUCUCGAAAUAUCACAACAAACGAAAUGGCAAAUGCUCCACGUUACAGCUACUUAAGAGGCCCAGGAGGGCGUUUCAGGAAUCCAUACGAUCAUGGAAUUCGCAAGAACUGCACCAACUUCCUAAUAAAUGGCUACAAUGAAGAUAUUGAACUACAUGAACAAACUUCUGAACACUCCGAUGAAAUUGGUCUGAUCCAGUUGAACAGAAUCAAUACAGGUAAUGUUGACCGCCACGCUCACCACCACGCAAAUGGCAAUGCCCAUGUUUGUAUCGGUGUAGAGUCCCAGAAUUCAAGAACGCACGUGCAGGGCAAUGCACGCGGAAAUUCUUCACAGGGAAACAGUAAUAGUUCUCAUAGUGGUAGGAGUGCUGGAAGUCCUUUGGGCUUGGGCCUUGGGCUUGGGCUUGGGCUUGGGCUUGGAAGGAACAAUGUGCGCCAUAAUUCACGUUCGGUUUUGGCUUCUUGAUUUGAUGCUCCGUUGUGAAUGCGAUGUGUGCUCUUUGUUGUUGUAAUGGCACGUUGUAUUCGUUCGUUGUUCAUAUAUUGAUUUGGUCUGGUUUUAUACUUUUUUUGUUUUCUUGUUAGAAUUGUUUGCUGUUUAGUUCUAUACAGCUGAAUGCACUGCGAGGUUUUUUUUUUCUUUUCGAGAUUCUAGUGUUCAUUUGUAUUUAGAUGAUGAAAUGACUGAGGAUGCACUGAAUGAGGGACGACGUGGGGUAAUUGGUGGUUAUCAAAGUUGUCCGAAGAAAUGGCGGGUGAAA